AAAUGAAUAGUGGAUCGGUAUUGUAAUUUCAGCACCUUUGUUUCCUGAAAGAUGCCAAUCUCAGUCUACCGAUGGCUUAAUUAUUGAAGGGGAAAUUCAGUCUAAAGUAUGGAACAGUUCCAGAAGAUAGAAAAAAUUGGGGAAGGCACUUACGGCGUGGUGUACAAAGCAAAGGACAAAACGACAGGUUGUUUGGUGGCGCUCAAAAAGAUUCGGCUUGAUGCUGAAGCAGAUGGUGUCCCGAGCACAGCUAUCCGAGAAAUAAGUCUACUGAGGGAACUUGAUCAUCCAAAUAUUGUCCGAUUACAAGAUGUUGUCCACAGUGAGAAGAAGCUCUACUUGGUUUUCGAAUUUUUAAACCAAGAUUUGAAGAAGUAUAUGGAUAACACUCCCCCUUCUGGUAUUGCCCCAGCCUUGAUAAAGAGCUAUAUGCAUCAGCUUUUGCUUGGAAUAGCUUACUGCCAUGCUCAUCGUGUUCUACACCGAGAUCUGAAGCCACAGAAUCUGCUAAUUGACACAGAGGGAAACAUAAAACUUGCUGAUUUUGGGUUGGCCAGAGCAUUUGGGGUUCCUGUAAGGUCUUACACACAUGAGGUGGUAACACUCUGGUAUCGAGCACCUGAAAUUUUACUGGGCAGUAGGUACUACUCUACCCCUGUGGACAUUUGGAGUAUUGGCUGUAUCUUUGUGGAAAUGAUAACUCGCCGAGCCUUGUUCCCAGGAGACUCUGAGAUCAAUCAGCUGUUCCGUAUCUUCAGGACUUUAGGUACCCCAGACGAGCACUUAUGGCCAGGUGUGUCACAGUUACCCGACUUCAAGUCCACCUUCCCAAAGUGGCCUCCACAAUCUGUGACAGAUGUUGUACCCACUCUCUCCAAUGAUGGACAAGAAUUACUACAGAAAAUGCUGACUUACGAGCCAAGCCAGAGGGUAUCAGCCAAGGGAGCCUUGAGCCAUCCAUAUUUCCAUGGUGUGUGCAAACUGCGCCCAGGAAAUGUAAUUGUCAAGUAAACGACAGGAUACAGACUGCUGAACUAUGCACAAGCUACCAGUGUAGACAUAUAUCUUAUGUAGUAUCUCUGCAUUUCACUAUGCAAACCAUUUCGUGAUUCCACAGUUCAUGAUUUAACCAGUGUGCAACAUUACACUUAAACAUUAAAACUUUUAAUGGGUUCUAUUUUAAAUUUAAUUGCAUUCACUGAAUCCUUUUGGAUUUUUCAUAGAUUUUUAACUUGGUUUUACAUUUACCAUGACUGCAUGCAAUCCUGUCACAUGGUAAAUAAUAGUUUUUUUUUAAAUCUAUGUUAGAUUAUCGUUUUUCACCAGUUCAACAUUUCACAUUGUUAAAAAAUAGUAACAGCUAUGCAUCCAUGCAUUGCUGACAGUGAAUUGAUGUGCUACUCAGUCUCUAGCUCUCUGUGCUAAAGUUGAAAGUUUAUUGUAGUUGGGAUUUGCUAGAUAUAGUUUGAGUGUGGUAAGUAAACACGGACUUGAGAAUGAUCCAGUACCAUUAUGAAGAUAGAUACCACACUGCAUACCACCCAGAUUCUUCAACCUUUUCAACUGCCACUGCGACAAAUAUUUUUGAAACGGUCUGAGAUAAGUAUGGGGGUGUAGAGUAGUAAUUUACACAGUUCAAUGAAGCUUGCAUUUUUAGUGACAAAAAAAAACCCCACACUUUUAGCAUCAUUUUCAUAAUUGUAGGCAUAAAUUUCUGUACAAAAAUUGCUUGUCAUUGAAAAGGUUAAAGAUUUACAGUAGUCCUUGGUGUGCUGCUGUUGGAGGGUUGUUCUUAGUCCUUAUGUGGCAUGAGUGUAAUUUAAUGUAUAAUGUGUACUUCCAUACCUUCUAUUUUUUGCCAUUGGAAUUAAUCCUCCGAAAGAUUUUGCCUAUCUAUAUUUUAAAUCUCUUCAAAAUAGCCGAGCAAGCACACUGUAAUCGUCUCAUUUCAGAACACGUUGUUUACACAAGCAGAAGUUGACUAUUACAUUGUUAAUUUUGAUAUGUUACUUAGUUCUUUAGUUUCGUUUGUGGUAUUAUCUAUUUAAAUAUUGUAGAUAUUGGUUGUUGUUUGUGUCUUUUUUUUUUCUGGCAAUUUUAAUGCCCUUUUUUUCUGCUUCUAGUUAAACAAAACCUUUCAAAUACAAUUAGAUCUUGAUGAUUAAAUGAGUAAUCUGUUUAGGAACCUAUUUAUAUACGUGUAUAUUGAGGUGCAAUUGUUACGCCAAGUCAGAUAGAGUUUGUUGUGUAAGACUGUGGGAAAGUUUUGAAGGUGCUCAAUAAGACAGAAUCUCUUUCAUAUAAGCAAGUCAAGAAUUACGUUAAUGGUUUUCACAUCAUUAAAGCUUAGGCACAGGGUGAACAAAGUGAGCAGCUCCAUAUAUGUGAUGUCAAGGCGGCUAAAAUUAUAUCAAAUAAAUAGCCAACAACUUGCAUACCCGAAUAAGCACUUAGUUUAAGAUCAGCUGUUGUGAAGGAGGCACAAUGUAACCAAAAUGAUACAAAAAAAACCCUCCCUAUCCCUUGUCACUUAAAAGAGAAGGAAACAUAAAAAUUAUUCCAAAAGCAGAUGAAACAGCAUGAAAACUUAUUGGCAAAUAUGGCCUGUAAUAUGUAUUUCCAUUUUUUCUUUCUUGAAGACAGGAAUGAAUGAUUAUGACUUAACGCCACAUCGGUAAUUUUGCAGCCAUAUCAUGGCGAGUAUGAAGAAAGGAUAUAUGAAAAUAUUGCUUUAUCUUUGCGUAAUAAUGGGUAUUUGGAACCACCUCUUAUGAUCUUUGCAUAUAUCCUCUUUGCAUACUAAUGCUCUAAAUAAGGAUGUGAUGCAUGUCUGAUAAAUUAUUUUGAAUGGAAAUCUUUGGUGUAUAUCCAGACACAUGCAUUGAAUCUAAAUUAUGAUAAUAUUUAUAGAUAAAUUGGAAGUAUACAUAUGAUUAACAUCAAACAUAUUUGUUAGCUGAAAAACCAAAUUGUAGUGCAAAUGUGUUACAUCCUUUUCAUUACGCAAAGAUAAUAUAUGCCCAGAGGUGGUCCCAAAUGCGAAAAUAGGUUUUUUGCUAAUUACUAAUAAUAAUACUAAUAGCUAAUUUUUUGCAUUUGUUCGUCUGAACUUUAUAUAAUUUUUAUGUUUUUUUCCACCUUGAAUAAAGUAGCUCCUCGGAUUGAGAGGUCAAACCUUAGCAAUCAAAAUCCUUUAUUCAUUACUCUGAUGAGGGAAUGAUUUAACUUGACAAAAGAAGGGAUUAAGAAAUUGAUUUGACUGACAGCUUUUGGGCUGAGACUGUUACUUCUGACUUAUUUAGCCACAAAACAGUGCAGAGUGGGAUUACUUCAUGCUGAAUUUGACGCUAGUGAGAUUGCAAAAUCACAGAAACAAACCCUAUAUGAUUGAGGUGUCCCAGAUAAAACACAUGUAACCUCAAAGAUGUAAGUAUUUGCUCUAGUAUGAAAAUGUUACUUGUUCAAUUUUCCAAUCUUAUAGUAAGUGGCACUGAAUUAGAUUAGUAAACUAGUCUGUGACUUGUAUACAUAGUGUAGGUUUAACUAAAUUAUCAUGCUGAUAAGGUUAAGAAAGAUCCAGGUGGUCUGACAAGUCAAACAGCAGUGGUUUGGAGCAGUGGAGGAAUUUGUGGUGGUUUUGUGAGAAAAUGAGUUUUGUUUACCCUUUCUUGUCUUAAAACGCUUAAUAUGGCCUUGAUGGUGUUUUACUCUAAUAGUUGAAUGUUUGCUUAAUUUGUUAAUUUGUUUUUUGUUUUUUUUUAUAAGUACAGAGGACACUUUCUUUAUUUGCCAGUUCAAUCAGAAUUUCAAUCUUUACUGUGAUAAAUAUAUUCUUUAUAUAGAAAACGUUUCACGACUUCUGUUGCAUGAAUGGAUAGCUUUCGGAAAAGUAAUAAAGCAUUAGAAACAUCUUUGAAACUGAUUGUUUAAAUAUUU